AUGCGGCCCAGCGAUGCAAAGGAGCCCAAGGUAACAUGGCGCGCCCUCCCGCGAAAAGACCAACUCCUCCUCCUCACCCUCACCCGGCUCUCCGAACCCCUCACCCAAUCGUCUCUCCAAUCCUACAUGUUCUACCAGCUCAAGUCCUUCGACCCCUCCCUGCCGGACAGCGCGAUCUCCGCGCAGGCCGGCAUGAUGCAAAGCGCGUUCACCGCCGCGCAGUUCCUCACCGCGAUCGCAUGGGGGCGCGCUGCGGAUAGCGAGUAUAUGGGGAGGAAGAACGUCAUCAUGAUCGGGCUGUUAGGCACGUCGAUUAGCGCGCUGGGGUUUGGGUUUAGUAGGCAUUUUGCGACGGCGGUUGCGUUUCGGUUGGUGGGGGGGGCGUUGAAUGGGAAUGUUGGGGUCAUGCGGACGAUGAUCUCGGAGAUAAUUAAGGAGCGGCGGUAUCAGUCGAGGGCGUUUAUGAUCUUGCCGAUGACCUUCAACAUUGGGGUGAUCAUCGGCCCUGUUCUAGGUGGCCUCCUUGCCGACCCUAUCAAUUCGUAUCCCCAGUUGUUUGGUCCCAACUCGCGGUUCGGGGGUACGGAUGGCGUAGGGUGGAUGAGAACAUGGCCUUAUGCGUUACCGAACAUCGUUAGUGCUAUGUUCCUCUUCACCGCUGUCCUUUGCGUCAUCUUGGGCCUUGAAGAAACACACGAGGUGCGUCGACAGAAGCGCGACAGAGGCCUUCAUUUCGGUAGAUUCCUAAAGCGGGUGAUCACUUGCCGACUCGGCAGGGCAGAGCAUCAGUAUAGCUCCCUGCCAAACACCUCCAGUUUUAUAUCCGACGCCUACGAAAUCGAGGAUGUGGAGCUCCAGAAUAAUUCAUCAUCUCACCCCGACCAAGGCCCCGGCGUGACAUCCAAACCCCCCUCCAAACAACGUCUCCCCUUCUCCCGAAUCUGGACCCGCAACGUCAUAACCACCCUGAUCUCCCACGGGAUCAUGGCCAUGCACGUCGGCACCUUCAGCAACCUCUGGUUCGUCUUCCUCUCCACCUCGCGCUGGGACCCCGCCCAUCCCUCCCCCCCCUCCCACACCGCUCAGCGUUUCCCCGUCAACUUCACCGGCGGCCUGGGCCUCCCCCCCGCGAAGAUCGGCCUUGCCCUGUCGAUUCUGGGAUUCAUCGGCAUCGUGCUGCAGGUGUCGCUCUACCCCUAUCUGAGCGGGACGUGGGGUACCGUCCGCACUUACCGCGGAUCGCUCUUCCUCUUCCCGCUGGCGUACCUCGUCACGCCGUACCUCGCGCUGAUCCCCAGCACCACGUCUCCACCGAAUGCGGCCAGCGGAAUUGCCAUCUGGGCAGGUAUCGUCGCAGUGCUGAUCGUGCAGGUGAUGGCGCGGACGUUCGCGCUGCCCGGGGGAGUCAUCCUGGUGAAUAAUAGCUGUCCGCAUCCGUCGGUGCUGGGGACUUUGCAUGGGGUCGCGCAGUCGGUGAGCAGUGCGACGAGGACGAUAGGGCCGAUCGUGGGAGGGUUGUUGUUGGGGCUAGGGUUGGAUAUCGGGAAGGUGGGGUUGGCGUUUUGGGUGCUGAUGGGGGUGGCGAUGGUUGGGGCGUGUGUGGGGCUGUUUGUGAAAGAGGGAUCGGGGCGGGAGAUUUGGUUGGAGGGGGACGAUGAUGGGGAGAGCAAAUCGGAAAGCGUUAGGUGA